AUGAGCCCGACGAGUAACAAUUACACUAUCCAUAAAGUUUUUCUCAAAAGAACAAGACAAGCAUGUGGUACAUGCCGUCGGAAGAAGGCUCGUUGUCCUGGCGAAAAGCCGAAUUGUUCGCUGUGUCAACGACUUGGCCAGCAAUGUACAUAUGAGACCCAGCCAACCCCAAAUAGACCUGGUACACAAAAGCCACUCUCAGGUAAUGGCAAUGGUCAUGGUGUAGAGGGAAACUAUUCAGAUCCCGCGAGCAUAAAGCGCCUCCAGCAUAUCGAACAGAGGUUGGAAGAAAUUUCAUCCAUGCUUCGUUCAUCUAUCGGAAACCAAGAAUCCCGUGCAGAUGAAUUAUCCGAGGCUUUGAGAGAAUAUAUGCCUUCUCGUGACGAUGAUGGAAACGAAGAGGUUGGAAUAUCCCCUGAAAUAGCACCUUCGAUAGGGCAUCAAGAUAUGAUGGCAUAG